AUGAGCAAAACGAAGACCAAAAGCGACAACAAGACGGAAAAAGCGUUGGCUGCCGAGAAGGAGCAGUUCGGUAAACAACAGCUGCACAGCAUCAGUAAGACUCUGGUCUCCGGCGAGGCUUCCCCCAAAGAGAAGCAUGUGCGCAGCAUCAUCGUGGGGACGCACCAGGAGGGCGGAGCCUCCACCUUCUGGUCCUACGCCCUCAACCUGCCGCUGUCCAGCAACGCCAUCAUCAGCUGGAAGUUCUGCUACCUGCUGCACAAGGUGCUGCGGGACGGACACAGGAACAACGUCAGAGAUUCUCACCGAUACUGCAGAAACGUCAGAGACAUGGGCGUCCUCUGGGGAAACCUGCACGAUCGGUACGGACACAUCGUCGCCUUGUCGGCCAAGUUUCUCGGCCUCAAAAUGGAAUUUCAUGCAAAGCACAAGACGAUCCCGGCGAACCUGGAGACCGGCGACGAGGCGCUGGACAAGGAGACGGGGAACGACGUGGCCAAGAUGCUGGAUAUGAUACAGGAGCUGAUGGACUAUUGGGACGCCGGGCUAAAGAUGCAGGACACGGUUCUGCGCCAGCUGGACGCCAACGGCGCCAAGUCGAGCACGGCGGCCGGCCAGUGCCGCCUCACGCCUCUGAUCCCGCUGCUCCUGGACUGCAGCCUGCUGUACCACUUCUCCGUGCUCGCCAUGUUCAAGCUCCACGGCCGCCUCGCUCCGGACGUUCUCCUUGGACAUCGAGAGCGGUUCCGUGAUCUGUUCACCAGCCUCACUCAGUUCUUCGACCGAGCGAGAGAAAUGGAGUUCUUCAAAAGUAUCAUCCAGAUCCCCGACCUCCCCGAUGGUCCUCCGAACUUCCUGCGCGCCGCGGCGCUGGGCGAGUACAGGAAGCCGGUGGUGCUGCUGGCCAACGAAGAGGAGGUGGAGACGCACCCGGAGUACUACCUGCUCAGCCAGUGUGCCGACGCGCCGGCGGCCCAGCAGGGGGCGACGGAGACCCAGAGCCUGAAGAGGGAGCUGGAGGCGCUCCGGCCGGAGCUGCGGCUCCUGAAGACCGAGGCCCAGAGGUGCGUCACCGAGCUCAGGACUCAGGUGAACCACCUGGAGGCCGAGGUGGAGGAGCAGCGCGGCCACAAGCAAGCGGCCAUGAUGGAGAUGGAGCACAUGAGGAUGGAGGUGGAGGCGCUGAGGGGCCUGAGGGACCUGAGGGGCCUGAGGGACGCCAACGCCGGGGCGGACCACCGCGCUCAGGAGGCGGAGCUUCGCUUCACUCAACUCAAAGAGCGCCACGCAGAGCUGAUCACGAGCCACGCCAAUCUGAUGAGGAAGAAUGCAGAAACAGGGAAGUGUCUCUCUGAUGCGAGACACGGUGAAGACGACUGGCUGAGGAUCAAACAGCAGCUGGAGGAGCAGCUGGAGGAGAGGAGCACCGUGGUGGACCAGCAGCAGCAGGAGCUCCAGCGCCUGAACAGAGAGCUGCAGGAGCAGAGAGCCGAGUCGGCUCACCUGCGCAGCUCUCUGGACAACAAAGUGAUGGAGGCGAGCGGCGUGCUGGCGGCGCUGCAGGCGGAGCGCGACGCGCUGCAGCGCGCGGCCGUGCAGCGCGAGGCCGAGCUGACGGCGCUGCGGCUGCAGGCCCGGCAGAACCAGGGCUCCCUGGACCUGGAGAGGGACCGGCUGCUCCGGGAGCUGGAGGCCCUGAGGGCCCAGCUGCGGCAGCAGAUGUCCGUCAGCGCGGAGCAGAAGUUGGAGAUCGACCGUCUGAGGCGUGAGCUGGACGCCUUGGGGGCGGAGCUACAGCGGGCAAACGGCGCCCUGCACAGCCACGAAAUGAGCGGCACCCAGCUGAGCAGCUCGGUGGCGGGGCUGCAGGCGGAGAGGGAGGGGCUGCUGCACGCCGCCAGGGACCAGGAGGCGGAGCUUAACGCCCUCAGGCAGCAAGCGCAGCUCCACCAGAGCAACCUGGAGCAGGAGAGAGAGAGGAGGAGCCAGGAGCUGGAGGGCCUCCACACACAGCUGCAGCUACAGGCAUCCCGUGGGGACCAUCUCUCCCGGCGGGUGGAGGCGGAGCCUUUCUCUCUGCUGCAGUGCUCCGUGGUCGAGGCGGAGGGCAUCGUGCUGGACGCCGUGGCAACGCUGGACGACCCCGUGCACCUGGGCUGCAGCAGCUCGCCGGAUUAUUUGGUGAAUCGAGCUGAAGUCACUUUGAUCUCCAUCGACAAAAUGCAGCAGAACCACCGAGCGUACCUACAGCGCCCCGAUGGUGAGGAGCGGUACUACACCCAGUACACACCCAGCCUGGCCGACGGCUGCCGUCUCUGUGCUGAUCUCUGCCUCCAGUACCUGAAGGACCUGAAGCUGCAGGCCUCGUUACCGAGGGCAGAUCCCUCCGCUGUGCGCCGCAGCGUGCAGCGGAUCCUCGCCCUGGCACAGGACCUGCGUCCCAAAGGACGGGACGUCCUCAAAGAGGAGCUGGGAGCCAUGGUGGACCAGGAGAUGAUCGCCACGGCAACGGCCAUCGAAGAGGCGGUGCUCAGGAUGGACGAGAUCCUGAACCAGACGAGGAGAGAAGCGUCUGGCGUCCAGCUGGAGGUCAACCAGAGCAUCCUGGGAUCCUGUUCAGACCUCAUGAAGGCCGUUCACAUGCUGGUGACGGCGUCCACCGACCUGCAGAAGGACAUCGUGGAGGGCGGCCGGGGAGCGGCGUCCGUCACCGACUUCUACGCCAAAAACUCUCGCUGGACCGAAGGCCUGAUCUCCGCCUCCAAGGCCGUCGGCUGGGGCGCCACGCAGCUGCUGGACUCGGCCGACCGCGUGGUGGGCGCGGACGGAGCGUACGAGGAGCUCAUCGCGUGUUCUCACGAGAUCGCGGCGAGCACGGCUCACCUGGUCGCCGCCUCCAAGGUGAAGGCCGACCGCGGCAACAAGAAGCUUCAGACGCUGAAGCAGGCGUCGCGGCACGUGAACGACAUGGCGGCGCUGGUCGUCACCUCCACCAAACACGGGCAGCUGCAGAUCUCCGACCAAGGUGCGAUGGACUUCUCCGGCAUGUCGCUGAUCAAGCUGAAAACGGAGGAGAUGGAAGCUCAGGUGAAGGUGCUGCAGCUGGAGAGCCAGCUGGACCAGGAGCGGGUCCGCCUGGGGGAGCUGAGGAAGAGGCACUACGAGCUGGACGCCGCCAGGGACGGGAACGCCAACAUGGCCGCCGGGAACGCUGCCGCCGCCGGGGACGCCGACGACUACGACUUCCCCCCGCCGCCGCCGCCCAACCUGCUGGACUCCGCGCCGGAGCCUCAGUCCUCCUCACAGACAGAGCCGCACCUGAACACCCAGAGCUAUCCGUCCACCAAUCCCUUUGCCCCGACCCAGACCGUCACCCCGACCCAGACCUUCCCCCAGACCCAGACCUUCCCCCAGACCGUCACCCCGACCCAGACCUCCCCCCCGACCCAGACCUUCCCCCAGACCGUCACCCCGACCCAGACCUUCCCCCAGACCGUCACCCCGACCCAGACCUCCACCCCGACCCAGACCUACCUUCCCCAGACCCAGACCGUCACCCCGACCCAGACCGUCACCCCGAUCCAGACCUUCCCCCCGACCCAGACCUUCCCCCCGACCCAGACCUUCCCCCCGAUCGAGACCUUCCCCCCGACCCAGACAUUCCCUCAGACCGUCACCCCGACCCAGACAUUCCCCCAGACCCAGACCUUCCCCCGGACCGUCACCCCGACCCAGACCUUCCCCCAGACCUUCCCCCCGACCCAGACAUUCCCUCAGACCGUCACCCCGACCCAGACGUUCCCCCAGACCGUCACCCCGACCCAGACCUUCCCCCGGACUGUCACCCCGACCCAGACCUUCCCCCCGACCCAGACCUUACCCCAGACCCAGACCUUCCCCCAGACCUUCCCCCCGACCCAGACAUUCCCUCAGACCGUCACCCCGACCCAGACCUUCCCCCAGACCGUCACCCCGACCCAGACCUUCCCCCCGAUUCAAGCCUACACCCCAACAAUCACUUGCACCCCGACCCAGACUCACCUAACACCCCAGACCUACUCCCCCAGCCUCUCCCGGCCUAAUUCUCCAUCUCUGCUGAAAACGCCGGCGUCGCCCACUGCCGAGCCCACCGCCGAGCCCGCCGCCAAGCCCGCCUCCAGGAGGACCAACAUCUUUACCAAAUCUGGGAACUUGCUGAAGAACGCGUUCAAACGAGGUGAAGCUGGAACCGGGGAAUCUUGAAGCCAAAAGCACUUUCAAAUAUACUUAUAUAACUUUGAAUCACUCAUUAGGAGCUUAAAAUUACACAUUUUUAGCUAAAUGUGCAAAUUGAUAGUCUAUUUUUGUUAUCAUACAAUAUAUCAUGUGACUGAUUACUGUUAUUAAAAACCAUUAAAUGAU